CAUAAACUGUCAAACUGUCAAAUCUGAUCCAAACUUAAAAGUCGACUAAAAUGCAAGAAUAAUUUAAUUUUUUACCAUUAUUUGGUAUUUUCUCUCAUAAACCGAAAGAUCGGUUGCGUUCAUAUUUGAAUAUUAAAUUGAACAAUAGAAGUUUGUGUAUAUUUGACAGUAAAUAUUUACAACUAUGCAUUCGUGUCGUUUAAUAUUAAAUAGCCCUGCACGCUGGAAGUGUGUCGUACCAAAUAAUUUCAAACCCUCUGUAGUUGCAUCAUGUCAUUCAGACCAGUUUACAGUACAAAUAUGCCGCAGUUAUUCAGCAAGAAAAGGUUUCUUCUCAUCCAUUAUUGAAAACAUCAAAGAAGAUAUUGCAAAAAACAAAGAGAUGAAAGAGAAUAUCAAAAAAUUCAGAGAAGAGGCGCAACGUCUUGAAAAUUCAGAAGCACUGCAAGCCGCAAGGAAAAAGUUCCAAGCUGUGGAAUCUGAGGCAUCUAAAGGCUCAGAAGUUUUGAAAGAUACAUUAGAAGGUAUCAAAGGGAAGAUGGAGCAUGUGCUAGAAGAGGCUAGUAAAACGGAAUUUGCUAAAAAGGCUGGAAGGAUAACAGAAGAUAUAUCUAAAACAGCUAAGGAUGCUGCGGGAAGUAUAGCAGAUAAAGGGCAAAGGCUCGGACAGACAUCAGCUUUCAGGACAAUUUCACAGGCAACGGAAGUAGUGAGGAAUGAGAUGUCUCCGCGCGGGCUGGAAGGGCGCGUGUACAGCGCGCCGCUCGCGCUUCGGAAGCGGGUAGAGGUGGCGGAGGAGGAGCGCAGCUUCGCGCCGGACACGGAGACGUUGGGGCUGGAGCUGCACAAGGACUCCAAGUUCUACCAGCAGUGGGAGAACUUCAAGAAUAACAAUCAGUAUGUCAAUAAGGUUCUUGAUUGGAAAAUACGAUACGAAGAAUCCGACAACGCGGUUGUGAAAGCUUCAAGAUUCGUCACUGAAAAAGUCGGCAGUCUGUUUGGUAAUUUAUUCGAGAAGACGGAACUCUCCAAAACUCUUACGGAAAUCUGCAAAAUCGAUCCAAACUUCACCGCACAGAAGUUUCUAGAAGACUGUGCUAAUGAUAUCAUCCCCAACAUACUGGAGGCCAUGGUGCGAGGAGAUUUGGAGAUAUUAAAAGACUGGUGCUACGAAGGGGUUUUCAACAUCCUGGCCACACCCAUCAAGCAGUGCAAGCAGCUCGGCUACCGGCUGGAUUCAAAGAUAUUGGAUAUAGAGCAGAUCGAGCUGGUGAUGGGCAAGAUGAUGGACCAGGGGCCCGUGCUGGUGAUCACAUUCCAGUCGCAGCAGAUAAUGUGCGUCAGAGAUGCGAAGAAUAAUGUCCUCGAAGGUGAUCCAGACAAGGUGAUGAGAGUGAACUAUGUGUGGGUGCUGUGCAGGGACCCCAACGAGCUCAACCCCAAAGCGGCCUGGAGACUGCUCGAGCUCUCAGCAAAUAGUGUUGAACAGUUAAUUUAAGUUGUUUAUAGAUGAAUUAAAAUCGUUGGACCUCUAA